AGCUUUCAUUGUUGCAAGUGAAGAGAGAGAGAGGGGAAGAGUUGUGUGUUUUAGAGAGAGAGAGAGAGGGGGGGAGAGUGUGGGUUUUAGCGAGAGAAACAGAGGGGAAGAGUGUGUGUGUUUUAGAGAGAGAAAGAGAGAUGGGAAGGCAACCCUGCUGCGACAAAGUAGGGCUGAAGAAGGGACCCUGGACUGCUGAUGAAGACAAGAAGCUCAUUAACUUCAUCCUCACCAACGGCCAAUGCUGCUGGAGAGCUGUCCCCAAACUAGCAGGUCUUCUAAGGUGCGGAAAGAGUUGCAGGCUAAGAUGGACAAACUACCUGAGGCCUGACCUCAAGAGGGGCCUGCUUUCUGAAUCCGAGGAGCAGAUGGUCAUUGACAUCCAUGCAUAUCUUGGUAACAGAUGGUCCAAGAUAGCUGCACAUUUGCCCGGAAGAACCGACAAUGAGAUCAAGAACUACUGGAACACUCACAUAAAGAAGAAGCUUAGAAAGAUGGGUAUCGACCCGGUGACCCACAAGCCCAUUGCCUCUUCUUCCCCUGCAACAACAGAGGAAAAACCUGCUGAUUCUCUCUCCAAACCCGAAGAAACCCCAUUGAAUUUAGCCCUGCCAGAAACCCAAGAAAAAGCUCAAUCCAAUAAGUCAGAACUCGCGGAAGAAGAGACCAGCAUAAACAGUGGUGCACCUCUAGUGAAGCCCACAUUCUCCGAUAAAAGCCCAGAGUUUUUCUGCACAGAUGAGGUGCCACUAAUUGAACCCCAUGAAAUCAUGGUUCCUUGUGCUUCUACUUCUUCUUGUUGUUCUUCUAGCUCUAUGUGGAACAAUGAAGAAUCGCCCUUGCACCUACCUGAUAUCAUGUGGCAAAUGCAUGGGAUUGAAGAUUUAGAGGAAUGGGACUGGAAUUCAGACCUCUGUUCAAUUUCUAGUAAUGGAGGAGCCGAUCCAUUUGGACAGUAUCAGAGGACUCUGUUUCAGUUUGAUCAGAUGCUAUAACUAUGAGAAAGUGAGAGAGAGAGAUGGAAUGCGUGUAAUUAAAGAGAACAAAAGAGAAGCAAAGGUUUCUUUUUACUGUGUAUUAACUUUUAACUUACGAUUGAUGUGUUUGUAUGGGACAAUAAUGAAUGAAGGGCGAAAGGGAAGGGGAGAGAGAAACCCAUCAUGAAAUUUAGAAGUUUUCCUUGAGCAGAUUGAUUGAUGGAGAUUUUUCUCCUCUUCCAUUUGUUUUUUCUUUUCUUUUUCCUAUUUCCUAGUUCGGUUGUAAAAUCAGGCCAUUUUUGCCUGAAGAAAAAGAAAAAGAAAGCAAAAAGCGAGAAAGAAGCCAAUGUCAAAGAUGACUUGCUUCCAAAAGAAAA